AGAGACUCAAACCUCAUCCACUUCCACCUCCAUCAGUUCACCUGUCCUUCCAUCACCUCUCCCAGCACCAUGCCUUACAGCUGCUGCCUGCCCACCUUGAGCUACCGCUCCAGCUGCUCCUCCCGGCCCUGUGUGCCCCACAGCUGCCGUGGCACCACCCUGCCCGGGGCCUGCAACAUCCCUGCCAAUGUGGGCAGCUGCAACUGGUUCUGCGAGGGCUCCUUCAAUGGCAACGAGAAGGAGACCAUGCAGUUCCUGAAUGACCGGCUGGCUAGCUACCUGGAGAAGGUGCGGCAGCUGGAGCGGGAGAAUGCAGAGCUGGAGAGCCGCAUCCUGGAGAGGAGCCAGCAGCAGGAGCCCCUCUUGUGCCCCAGCUACCAGUCCUACUUCCGGACCAUCGAGGAGCUCCAGCAGAAGAUCCUGUGCGCCAAGUCCGAGAACUCCAGGCUGGUGAUACAGAUCGACAAUGCCAAGCUGGCCUCUGAUGACUUCAGGACCAAGUACGAGACGGAGCGUUCAUUGCGGCAGCUGGUGGAGUCAGACAUAAAUAGCCUGCGUAGGAUCCUGGAUGAGCUGACCCUGUGCAAGGCCGACCUGGAGGCCCAGGUGGAGUCCCUGAGGGAGGAGCUGCUCUGCCUCAAGAAGAACCAUGAGGAGGAAGCCAACUCACUGCGGAGCCAGCUGGGAGAUCGCCUCAAUGUGGAGGUGGACGCCGCCCCCACUGUGGACCUCAACCGCGUGCUCAACGAGACCAGGGCUCAGUACGAGGCCUUGGUGGAGACCAACCGCAGGGACGUGGAGGAAUGGUACAUCAGGCAGACUGAGGAGCUGAACAAGCAGGUGGUGUCCAGCUCAGAGCAGCUGCAGUCCUGCCAGGCAGAGAUCAUCGAGCUGAGACGCACGGUCAACGCCCUGGAGGUGGAGCUUCAGGCCCAGCACAACCUGAGAGACUCCCUGGAGAACACCCUGACAGAGACGGAGGCUCGCUACAGCUCCCAGCUGGCCCAGGUGCAGGGCCUGAUUGGCAACGUGGAGUCACAGCUGGCGGAGAUCAGGAGUGACCUGGAGCGGCAGAACCAGGAGUACCAGGUGCUGCUGGACGUGCGGGCCCGGCUGGAGUGUGAGAUCAACACGUACCGGGGUCUGCUGGACAGCGAGGACUGCAAGCUCCCCUGCAACCCAUGUGCCACCACCAAUGCUAGUGGCAACUCCUGUGGGUCCUGCUCUCAAAAUCGCUGCCGUUAAUUAAAAAACCUGCCUCCUUUUUGAAGACAACAAUGAAGCCUAGAACAAGCACAGAAAAGAUGCCCAGGUCCUGCCUUGGCUGGAGCUCAGUUACCAUUUAGAUACCUUGUCAAGCCAGCUCUGAAAUUUCUACACAUGGAAAUGCUCUCCACGAGCCAAGACACACCUCAUCUGCUUCCGAUGUCUGGAAAACUCCCUCCUGCUGAAGGUCAAGUCUCUGUCUCUGAAGACAGUCCAGCAAUCUGAGCUCCAGGUUUUACUUUAGGGUGUUUCCUCUAGGUAUUGUGUUUCCUGCUUUCCUAGCUUCUUUGGUAUUCUCUGGAAUGCAAGGAGGCUACUUCAUUUACUUCCCAAUAAACUUUAUUUCUCUGGCAUAGUAAA